AUGUCAACGCAACAACAUCCUCCAGUAAAUUUUUAUGAUAGAGCAAAGUUGUUUAUUGGUGAUCUCAGUAGUAAUAGAAUUGACUUACAAAUUCAAGCAUUAAGGAAUAUAGAAAUUGAAUUUCUUGAAUAUGAAGAUGAUGAAGCAGAAAAGUCAUUGCUUUAUUCAUUUACAAAAUAUGAAAAGAAGGCACCUAAAUCUAAUUAUUCACAUCGUGUCGCAACAAAAAAAGAGUUAAUAAAUUUUCUAGAACAUACAUCAAAAAUUAUUAUUAAUUUAGUAGUUACUUGUUCUCAUGAAGAAUUACUACGUCACUCAAUUCCUAUUAUAAUUAGACUAUAUCAAAAUAAGUUAUUACCAAAUAACUUUUUCAAAAAAUUAUAUCAAAAUGCAGAAAGGUUAUCUGGGACAAUUGUUAUGAGAGCACAAGAUUUAAUCCUGAGAUUAUUUAAUAAAUUACCUUCGGAAGAAAAAAAAUAUUUUAAAUUAUUAGCCAUUAAUGGGUCGGAAAUUGGUCAAAUUGAAUCUCUUCAUUUUAUUUGUAAACUAUUAGCCAUCCAUGAAAUUCCUAUUGAAGUUUUUCAAAAAUUAAUAAAACCAAUAUGUAAGAACAUCCAACACUUAGAAAGUGAUGUUUUUCCUAUAAUACAAUUUCCUGAAUUAAGAGUAUUAUUAAGGAAAAGUCUAUUAACAGAAUAUAUAACAAAUUUUCAAGACACUGGAGUUUUAAGUGCACUUAAGGUCAUUGCAGAAACUGCUCCAUUUGAAAGUGAUGUAGAUGAUAUUAAACAGUUACUCGAUAUGUCUAUUUUUAAUGAAACCGAAAAUUUAAAAGAUGUAUUGAUUAACUUAGCACAGAAAAGUGAAAAUUUAUUUCCUUCUUGUUUACUAGGAAUGAUAAGACUUGAGGGAUUUAACGAAACAACAAAAUGGCUAACAGAGGAAAUGAUUAUUAGUCAUAUUGAAGAUUUAAUGAAAGUUCUUUUGACAUACAACGAAUUAUCUGAAACAUCAUUUUCAAUUGUAAUAAAUACCUUUAUUCAGUACAACAUUUUAAUAACAAAAAGUAUCCACACAGAAUCUAAUGGUAAUAUUAUAUUCGAUAAUUAUAACAAUUUAGUUGGAAAAGAAAUACUCUGGGAUGUGUUUUUAAAAAAGAAAAAUCAAACCAUCGAAAAUCUUUUAAUGAAAAUAUAUCAAGGAAAACUAAAGGAAUGUAUCAUUGAUGCUUUACAUGCCUUUAUGAAAAAUCCACAACUCAUUGCCGCUGAAAUAAUUGAAAAAUCAUUAAAAGAUUUAAAACAAUCACUGGAAGAAAAUAACAAGGGAAGAAUUAAAUUAAAACGAUUUAUUAAAUUAAAAUUCAAUAUUCCAGUUGGAAAAAUUAAAGUCAAAAACAUAUCAUAUUUGUAUCAAUCCAUUGAUGACAUCAAACAAUUAAAAUCUUUUUCAGAAGAAAUUAAUAAUAAAAUCAUAGAAACUAAACAAAAACUUGAACCAGAAAUUGAAAUUGAAGAAAAAGAGUAUUUAUCUGAAACACCAAUUGAAGUUAUAAUCACUGAUAUAUUAACAAGUGUGUAUAAACAAAAAGGUACUUCAGCUGAAUGGAUAAAAAGAGUUAUUAAAAACAAUAAAUAUUUGAUUACCACUCAAAUCAAUGGCAAAGACGUAAGUAUAAAUGAUAUUAUUGGAGACUUAGUUAAGAAAGAUGGGAGUAUUUUUUUGUAUAUUCAGGAAGGAGUUAGAAAAUUAAAUGGUCAAAAAUUAACAAAUGAAAAAAGUAUUGGUAAGUUAAUUCGAUGUGAAUCAAAAACAAUAAAACAACUACCUUUUAUAAUUGAAGAAAAUGAAAUAAAAAAUGUUAUUGAACUUAUUCAAAAAAAAGAAAUGUAUAGCAUUGGAAUUAUACUUCUAAAAGAAAUUAAUCCAUUUAUUAAAUGGAGACUAUCAGUAAUUGAAAACUGUAAAGAACAAACUGGUUAUGAAUUUAUUGGAUUCGAACGAUUAAUGGCACAGAAUGAAAUAAAAGAAGAUGACUUUAAAGAACUUAUUUCAAUGUUCUGUCAUUCUAUUGAAAUAAGAAAAGAUAAUGAGAAAUAUCUUGCUGAAGUUCUCUUACAUUUUGAACAACUAGUCAAAAAAGAAUUAUGGCAUAUAAAUGAAGAACAAAUCAAAAAGAUUCAAAAAAGAAAUAUUACAGAAGGAAAUGAAAGAAUUAUUACUACAAUAUGUGACAUCAUAUUAUUAAGAAAUAAUCAAAUAAUUGAAUGGAAUAAAGAAGUAGUUAUAGAACCAAUAAAAAGAGUGGUUAAAGAAUUGAUGAACGAAGAAUUAUUUGAAACGUUAAUCCCUUAUUUAGAAGAACCAAGUGAAUUGGUUGAAGAAUGUUAUGAAAUAAUUAUUCAAUAUAUUGAUAAAAAAUAUAAUACUGAUGAUUUGUUUAUUCAGAAAAUGGUUGAAAAUGUUUUGAAUAGAGGAAAAGGUUUUAAAUUUAGUAUUCGAGCAAUGAAAUUAAUGAAAGACAAACAAAAACUUCUUCAACCUUAUCUUAUUACAUUAAUUGAUUCAUUAUUUCCAAAAGGAAAGUUAAAUGAAAUUAAAGAAGAUAUACUCCAUGAUUAUAUUGAAAUGAUAUGUGAGUCUUGUAAGAGCUGUAAUGAAGAACAAAAGAAGGAAAUUUGUCAUCAUUUUGAUAUGAUAUUAAGUAUGUUAGAAAGUAAUGGAAAUCAGAUAGAAACAAGAAAAGGAUUGUGGUGUGGAUUAACUAAUCAAGGAUGUACUUGUUAUAUGAAUAGUAUUCUUCAACAAUUAUUACAUACUCAAGUCUUUUGUAAUAAACUUCUUGAAAAAAGAGUUAUUUUACCUAAAUAUAUCGAAAAUAAUGAAGAAAGUAAAGGUCAAAUUGAUAUAAAUGGUAUAAAUAUUGAAAAAGUUGAUAAUUGUAAAACAAAGAAUAGUGUUGACAAGGUCCAACUAUUAAAAAAAGAAAAUGAAGCUAAGUAUAAUAUUACUAACAAUGAAACUGUCACAAAAGAAAUAAUUCAAGGGAUAGAACAAGGUGAUAAUAUAAUAAGUAAAACACAUGAAGAAAUUGAACAAAAAAUUAAUUCACAAAAAGAGAGUAUUCAAAACAACGAACAAAAUGAAUUUAUCACUCAUAGCAAUAAUGAACUUAAAGACUAUAGAAUGAUAGAAGGAUUACAAAAAUUAUUUGUUGAAAUGAAAGAAAGUAAAUUACAAACCGUCGACACAAAAGAGUUUUGUAAAGAAGCACAUGGAAGUUGCUAUGAAGAAGUUAAUGUCUAUGAACAAAUGGAUGCUCAAGAAUUUUUUAAUACAAUAAUAUCAACAUUAGAAGUGUGUAAAAAAGAGAAAAAUAUCAUUGAAGCAAGAAAAGUAUUUACUGGAGAAACAGAGAUAUCAAUAAAAAGUCAAUGUGGUCAUAUAGUAAAACGAAAUGAAGAGUUCUGUUCAUGUGCACUAGAAGUAGAACAUUAUCAAACAAUGGGACAAUCAUUAAAAGCACUAUGUGAAGGUUGUAUUUUAUGUGAUUAUCGUUGUGAACAAUGUGGAUUAAAAAGUGAUUCUCAAAGAAGUGAAAGAUAUAAAAAAUUACCAGAAACAUUAGUAUUUCAUUUGAAACGAUUUGGAUAUAAUGAACAAUUUCAAAUUGUCAAAUAUAAUGGAAGAUUUGAAUAUCCAAAUGAAAUUGAUCUAAAACAAUAUUGUUGUACAGAGUAUAAAGGAAUAACUAAAUAUAAAUUAGUUGGAAUAGUUGUUCAUACUGGAAGUGCACAUGGUGGUCAUUAUUUUAGUAAUAUACUACUUAAUGACCAAUGGAUAUCUUUUAAUGAUAAAUUAAUUGAAAACAUAGGUAACAGAAAUUGGUUUGGAGGAGAAGUGUCAAAUGCUUAUAUGUUAUUUUAUCACCAAAUAAAUACACUAGAAGAAAAUGAAACAAUUAUGAUUGAUGACUUCUUAUUAAAAAGAGUAGAAAAAAUAAAUUAUAGCUAUAUUUUAUCAAAACAAGCAUCAGAACCUUUUGUUAUAGAUUUUAUUAAAGGAAUUAUUGAAAGUUGUAAAUACAUUGGAAAUACAUUAUCAUUCUUACGUACAAUUAUUCUUAAAAGAAGUCCUGAACAAUGUCUUGGAAUUCUUGAAGGGAUUUCUCAAAUAAUGGACAAAGAAAUGGCUAGAGAGGUAUUACAAAAAAUGUCAACAUAUUAUUUGAAAGAUUAUUUAAUGUGGGGGAAGUCUAUGAUUGUCUCAGCAAUUAAACAAGUCGAAGAACCUAUUUUUAAUGAGUUAAUAAUAAAAGAAGUAGAGAAUGGAAAUAGUCAUGGGAUCGAGGUUAUUGAAGAAUUGUAUAAAUUAAAUCAAAUUAAGUUGAGUACUUGUGUAAGACUUUCAGUUCAUAUUAUUAAAAACCAGAAAUAUAAUUAUGUACAAGGUGAAGUUGCAUGUUCUUUUAUACUCAAAGGAAUUCAACAAAAAAUUUAUCAAUUUGAUGGUGAUGUGUUAUUAAGUUUUAAAAGUGCAAAUGCUCCAGAAAAUCUCAUACAAGAAAUAAUUAAGAAUUAUCCAACGCAAAAAGUUAGUGGCUGUGCAUUAAAACUAAUAAAAAGUGCAUUAGGUAAACGAGAAGUUACUGAUGAAGAAAUGAUAAAAUUAAGAAGAUUAAUAUGUAAUGAAAGUUGUGCAACUAAUAUUGUAAAAGAGUGUUUGAAACAUCUUUGUAUGGCACCAGAGAUUUAUAGGUACUUUAAAGUAAUUCUAAUAACAAUGCAAAUUAUAUUACUUUCUCCUUUAAUUUAUAAUGAAUUAAAGAAAAGAGUAAAAGAAUUUAAUGAACAUUUAGACUUUUACUCACUUAAAAUAGUUUUAAUUGAAUAA